GUCGUCGAUUUCUCUUCAAUCACACGGAAAUACGGGAUCGUCUUCUCCCGUCCCCCUUACCCCCCCUUUCUCAAACAGCAUGGCUCAGGAGACAAAUCAGACGCAGGUGCCAAUGCUUUGCACUAUGGGAUGCGGUUUCUAUGGUAACCCUCGCACCAAUGGAAUGUGCUCUGUCUGUUAUAAGGAACAUCUGCAGAGACAACAAGGUGGGGGACGAAACAGUCCCCCAGGUGAAAAAGCAGCCACAUCUCCUGUAGGUUCACCAGGUGCUUCUCCAGUAACAGUGGAAUCCACCCCUCUACCCACUACAGAAGCUGGUACCCCGACUGAAGAACGCACGUCUAGUAGUUCACCGAGCCCAGUAACUCAGCAGAUGACUGCCAUGAGCAUCUCCCAGGACACGGCAACCACUGACUCAGACAGAGCAGAAGUGGAGGAGGAAGAGGAGGAGGGUUCGUCUAAAAGCACAGGGCCAGUAGGGGAAGCUGCACAAGCUUCCUCAGACGGAGAUCAGACUCCUGACAAGAACAAAAAGAAGAAUCGAUGCUUCACUUGUAGGAAAAAAGUUGGCCUCACGGGUAAGAGCCAAGGGAAGAGCUUUGUGUUCUUCAAUAAGGGCUGGGCUUUUAUCUUAUCUAUGAACAGACUUCAAGACGUAAAAAAAUCUAGAUUUACUGCAAAAGAAGUUAAUUUUAAUGUUUUGUUGAGAGAGUCAACAAAUAUUCUCUGCAGUCUUAUUCCUAUUCCUUAUGUACAUGCAUAUUUAACCAUAUUUUUAACCAUUAAGACAAUGUAAAAACGUAUAUUUUGUACAUCAUUGCACUGUAUGAAGGGCUCUACAAUUUUUUUUGAAAAUAAAUACUUUCAUUUACAGGGAUAUAUUCAUUUAUUCAAAACAAGGUAUUAUUAGCAAUGCUGCUAUUUCAUCUUCAUAUUCAUGAAAGGAUUCUGAAUAAUAGAUCACAGUUUCCACAAAAACAUUAACUGUUUUAAAUACUGAUAAUAAUAAGAAAUGUUUCUCAAGCACAGUUUAGUUUACUGAAGUAUUUUUGUAUUGAAUUACAAUAUAGUGCAUAGUAGUAUGUUUUAAAAAAGAUAUAUAUUAGGGCUGUCAAUGUUACCGCAUAUUCUAUUAAUCUGAAAAGGUAAAGACGUUAUUAUUUAACACAAAUGAUUGUUUGAUAAGAUUUGACGUUUGGCAAUAUUUCAGCUUUGAAUUUUAGCCAUUAAGCUAAAUUCCUGCUGAUUGGUCCCUGUGACAAGCAGCCGUACAUCGAAUCAAAGGUUUAUUUUCGUGGUCAUCCAGUUAUUGAAGCGCAGCUGCCAUACAAGCGUGAAGUCAACUCAAAAAACAACUAAAGCAUUUGCGAAAUCUUUCAAAACAGCCUUACUUAAAGUAACGGGUAUGAAUGUCGAGAAGCCAAUAAGACUAUAGUAGAGCUGUAGUAAAAGCACAGUUUAGCCUAUCUAUUUUAAGUGUCCUAUAUGUUGUGUAGACCAAGUCAAUUCCAAUUAAAGUAAAACCAAAACCAAAAUACAAUUAAUUGCAUUUUUUAAAUAUAUAUUGAAACAAAUCUUAUUUUAGUUCUAAAUUGUAUUUAGUAUUUUAUUAAAACAAAACAUUCUCAGCUUAACGACUAAGCUGCCAGUGUAAUAGAUUUAAUGAAUAUGCAUUAUUUUACUGUACGUUGGGAUAUGUGCGUUUUUUAUUUGUAGAGUAUGCUUAUUACUAUAUAAUUUAUUUACUUAUUGGUAACAAAAA